GUAUUACAAAUUGAAUUUAAAAAAAAUUAUUAGCUGUGAAGUGAGAGAAAUAGAUUCUAAUAUUUAUACCGUGUAUUACAAAAUUAUGAAUGUGAAAAAUAAGAUAGUUAGGAGCUUAUUAAGGCCCAUCUAUUAUGGUAAACUUGGCUUCAGCUUCAUUUAAAUGACAAAACUCCAUUGUCCCUACCAAACUACACAUUCUCAGGGGUGUAUUGAUAUGUUUAAUAAUUGUUGUAAUUUUUCUCAUUAUAUUUCUGGUUCUUGGCAUUCAUAGUAUGUGUUUAUUGCAAUGUCUCUCGAUGUAACAACGACUCUCAAUUCUCAGAAUUGGACCCAUUCUGAUAUCAAACUUCAAAAUGGGAUUAAGGAAUACAUGUUUAAUGUUACGGCCACUAACUCUAAAUCAGCUAACGAUUUGGUUUCGAAGUUAGAUGGGGUUAAAGGUCAAGAAUCAGAGGUCGUCAAUAUUGUUGAAGUUCAAUAUCAAAGAGAAUUUAUUUCACAAAGUGAUUCUAAAUCAACUUCUGAUGUGAUAUCGAGACAAUUAAUUGAUCAAGCAAGGGCCAGAAAUGUAUCUGGUGGAUAUGCUUGUGAGUGGUGUGGAAAACUGUUUUCUGACAGCGUGAAACGAGCGCGGCAUCGACGAAGGGCACAUACCGGAGAUAAGCAAUAUAGUUGUGGAACAUGUCGAAAAGAGUUUCGUGACAAAUUUAGUUUUGAUCAUCAUCUUCAUGUACAUACUGGUGAAAAACCAUAUGCUUGUGAACAUUGUGACAAAAAAUUUGCGCAUCCUGCUACCUUAAAAAAUCAUAUGGUGGUGCAUACAGGAGAAAAACUAUUUAUAUGUGGAACUUGUGGAAGAGCUUUUGCUCAUUCAAGUACAUUAAAAAACCACUUACGACUACAUACUGGUGAAAAACCACAUAAGUGCUUGGUUUGUUUAAAACAGUUUACACAAAUAUCGGUAUUGACAAAACAUAUGAGAAUACACGCUAUAGAAAAACCUGUAACUUGCCCCAAAUGUGAGAAAAGUUUUUGUGAUGAUUCUCAUCUCAAAGAUCAUUCAAAAAUACAUGUUGACGAAAAACCGUUUCAAUGUUUAAAAUGUGGUAAACGAUUUUUGAAAGCCUCACAUUUACGUGAUCAUACAAAAAUUCAUACUGGUGAUAAACCUUUUCAAUGUAAUAUGUGUGACAAAAGGUUCAUUAGAAAUUCUCAUUUAAGAUCUCAUACGAAGAUUCAUGGUGUUUGGAGCACAGCAGAGUCAGAAAUAAACUCAAAUUUAGGCAGUAAAUCUUGUUUUGGUAAUAAAUCUUUAAAAUGUGCAAUCUGUAACGAGGAAUUUUUCAACGCCACAACUUUAAAGUGUCAUUUAGACUCUCAUCGGGUUGACAGUUCUUACUCUCGUCCCAUAGAAACAACUUAGGUUCUGAUGUCCAAACUGAUUUCUAUGCAGUUGAUUGCGCGCUCCAGAAGUGUGUGUAACAAUAUGGAGGUAACAAAUUUUGUUCGCCUACUUUACGUCAAGUUGUGUAAAGGGACUGAAAUCUAUGGCAGGGGGUGUAUUCACUUGGCUAACACAGAAAGUCCUCGAACUCAUAAUAGAACUAAUAUGAGGAAACUCGUAAUAAAAUUAUGGCCUAACUAACUCUAACCUUGCAUACACACUAUGGGAGUACCGGUUAAUAUGCUUGCUAAUGGGAGUACCGGUUAAUAUGCUUGCUAGUUCACUUUUUCCUAUGGAUAUCCCUCCAAGUGUUGAAAUAUCUUGAAUUUUUGUGAAUUAUUAUCGCAAUUUUACCUUAUUACUGCAAUUUUCACUACUUUUUACUGAAGACUGCAUAUUAUCAGUCUUUAACAUAAUUUUUAAACCUUUAUACUUUUGAGAAAUUUUAUUGUAGAUUUUAUAUCAAUUUAUCGAUGUAUGAAAUACUCUAUAUUUCACUAUCAAAAUAUAAUGUUCCAAUAUACAUUUCCCUAGAAUCAACUUUCUAAUUUUACGUUCAUUAUGUCAUGUUAAAUUACCGGUAGUAGUCAAAGUAUUUUAUUAAGGAUGGUAAAUGUUGUGCGGCCGUAUUCAAUACUCAAUUUCCUGUUUUUUCACAUACCUGAUUGCCACCAUUUUGUUUAAUAAUUAAUUUAAUGAUACUAUAUUUGUUGAUUAAUGCCAUAUCUUUAUUACCCUUUCUCUUUUAUUAG